GUAUGUAAAAUAUUUCUGGACACUCGUCUUCUGUCAUCAAGCGCGCGGGAUGCAUUUUACCGUUCAUUUUCUGCGAUACUAAUCUAUCACUUAGCGCUUGAUACACAGUGCCCGAGUAAACUUAUCUCAAGCAUUCGUAUGCAUGACAUUUCGCCAGCCACUGACACUAUCGUCAUACAAAAUGAUGUCACUGGAUCGUAUUCCUGAUCAAACUGGAUACUUGGUGUUAACAGAGGACGGUGCUGUGUUAACGUCCGGAGGAGAUUUGGAAAAUGAUGAGAGAGUGGCGAAUAUCAUUGUCGGCUUGGUCACCCUGACGACUGGAAUUGAUCCUAAAGCUUUCCCCGCGCACGAGGCCUUUGAGAAAAUAUCAAUCACAUACAAGGAUCAUUGCUAUGUGAUAUGUCUUUCUAAUAAAAAGAUUCAUGUAGUAAAGAGAAAACUACCGCUGCCAACUACAGCAAUUGUCGAGCCACAACCUACCAUCGAUGUAUAAAUCAACACACAAUGCACAUGAAGGGGAAGUUUACUCUUUGUGAACUUCAAUAUCUGACACGAAUUUAAUUUCUUCGGUCAUUUUAAGAGAUUUAUCUGCUGUUAUAUACCUACAUAGAAAUAUAUGUCACUAUCUAAGAAUUAAGUUAGUGCUAUGUAAUAUAUAGCUAUAGGAACAGUUAUGUAUCUUUGUUGUAUGAUCUAACGCUUCUUUCAACAUUUAGGAAAAAAAAUCUCUUCCAACGUGUAAUCCAAUGAAAAGUAUAUGGACUAUAAUCACACGUUAAAUAUAUUUUCCAUCAAAAUAUA